UGGAAUUUGUGCGUGCGGAAUUUGACCGGCUCUCGGAGUACUGCGCGUGUGGCAGCAAUAACGAAGACAUUCCUUUGCGCCACGACAGCAUCAACGGCGUGGGGGGCUGCUCUGCGUCAUCGUCGAGCAGUUCCCACCAGUACUCUGAGCAGGGACGAACGUCUAGUACAAUCAGGUCACUGCUAG